AUGGGAAGGGCAAGGACCCGGACCAGACAUGAGCCCGGUGGAGGCAUGGAAAGCAUUAUGGUAGAUGAAGGGAAAGAGAGGCCUCUCGGGCCUGGGCCCGUUCCCUCCUCAACCCCCGACCGAUACCCUCCCUCAGACAAGAAGCAGGAGAAAAGAGAACACUGCCUAAUCCAGUCAGACAAGAAGCACGAGAACAGCGAAUACUGCCUAUUCCAGUCAGACAAGAAGCAGGAGAACAGAGAACACUGCCUAUUCCAGUCAGACAAGAAGCAGGAGAACAGAGAACACUGCCUAUUCCAGUCAGACAAGAAGCACGAGAACAGCGAAUACUGCCUAUUCCAGUCAGACAAGAAGCAGGAGAACAGAGAACACUGCCUAUUCCAGUCAGACAAGAAGCAGGAGAACAGCGAAUACUGCCUUUAUAAGUCCAACAAGAAGCCAUUAGAGAGAGCAAAACACUGCCUAUUCCAGUCAGACAAGAAAAACAGAAACAGAGAAACACUGCCUAUUCCCUUCAGCAGAAGCAGAAGAACAGAGAACACUGCCUAUCCUAGUCAGAUAAGAAACAGGAGAACAGCAACACGCCUAUUCCAGUCAGACAAAGAAGCAGGCACAACAGAGAACACUGCCUAUUACAGUUCAGACAAGAAGCAGGAGAUAGCGACACUGCCUAUUCCAGUCAGACAAGAAAGCAUGAGACAGAGAAAACUGCCUAUUCCAGCAGAACAAGAAGCAGGACAGAACCAGCGAAAACACUGCCUAUCCAGUCAGACAAGUAAGCAAGAUGCCGAGAACAGCGAAAACACUGCUAUAUCAGUCAGCCUAGGCAAGAAGCAGGAGGGGAAUAGAGAACACUGCCUAUUCCAGUCAAGAAAGAAAGCAGGAGAACAGAGAACAUUGCCUAAUUCCGUCAGACAAGUAAGCAGGAGAACAGCGAACACUGCCUACUCCAGUGAACAAAAGCAGGAGAACAGCGAACCUGCUAUUCUCUCAGACAGAAGAAAGCAGGAGAACAAGCGAACACUGCCUAUUCCAGUCAGACAAGAAGCAGUGAGAACGCGAACACUGCCUUUCCAAGUCAGACAAAAAACAGGAAAACAGAGAACACUACCUUUCUCAAAACAAGAAGCUAGGAGAAAGCGAACACUGCCUAUUCCAUUAGACAAGAGCAGGAGAACCAGAGAAAAUCUGCUAUUCCAGGCAGACAAGAAGCCGGAAGGAACAAGCGAAACUGCCUAUCCAGUCGACAAGAAUCAGGAGAACAAAGCGAACCUUGCCUAUUCCAGUUCAGGCCAAGAAGGCAUGAGAACAGAAGAAAACAAACUGCCUAUUCCAGUAGCUAAGAAGCAGGAGAACGCAAACACUGCGGCCUAUUCCAGUCGACAAGAAGCAGGCAGACAAGAAGCAGGAGAACAGCGAAAACUGCCUAUCCAGUCAGACAAGAAGCAGGAGAACAGCGAACACUGCCUAUGCCAGUCAGGCAAGAAGCAGGGGAAUAGAGAACACUGCCUAUUCCAGUCAGACAAGAAGCAGGAAAACAGAGAACAUUGCCUAUUCCAGUCAGACAAGAAGCAGGAGAACAGAGAACACUGCCUAUUCCAGUCAGAUAAGAAGCAGGAGAACAGCAAACACUGCCUAUUCCAGUCAGACAAGAAGCAGGCAAACAGAGAACACUGCCUAUUCCAGUCAGACAAGAAACAGGAGAACAGCAAACAUUGCCUAUUCCAGUCAGACAAGAAGCAGGAGAAAAGAGAAGACUACCUAUUCCAGUCAGACAAGAAGCAGGAGAACAGCAAACAUUGCCUAUUCCAGUCAGACAAGAAGCAGGAGAACAGAGAACAUUGCCUAUUCCAGUCAGACGAAGCAGGAGAACAGAGAACACUACCUAUUCCAGUCAGACAAGAAGCAGGAGAACAGCGAACAUUGCCUAUUCCAGUCAGACAAGAAGCAGGAGAACAGAGAACACUGCCUUUUCCAUCAGACAAGAAGCAGGAUAACAGCAAACACUGCCUAUUCCAGUCAGACAAGAAGCAGGAGAAUAGUAAACACUGCAUAUUCCAGUCAGACAAGAAGCAGGAGAACAGCGAACAUUGCCUAUUCCAGUCAGACAAGAAGCAGGAGAACAGUGAACACUGCCUAUUCCAGUCAGACAAGAAGCAGGAGAACAGAGAAUACUACCUAUUCCAGUCAGACAAGAAGCAGGAGAACAGCGAACAUUGCCUAUUCCAGUCAGACAAGAAGCAGGAGAACAGAGAACACUGCCUAUUCCAGUCAGACAAUAAGCAGGAGAACAGCAAACACUGCCUUUCGAGUCAGACAAGAAGCAGGAGAACAGAGAACAUUGCCUAUUCAGUCAGACAAGAAGCAGGAGAACAGAGAACACUGCCUAUUCCAGUCAGACAAGAAGCAGGAGAAGACAAGCACUGCCUAUUCCAGGCAGACAAGAAGCAGGAGAACAGAGAACACUGCCUAUUCCAGUCAGACAAGAAGCACGAGAAUAGCGAACACUGCCUAUUCCAGUCAGACAAGAAGCAGUAG